UCAAUGCAAUGACUACAAAUACUUGGUCAUUUCAACUCCUCCUCUCAUCUCUCUCAGAUCUACCUUCUCUUCCAAAAGUCGUCGUCGGAAAAACACAAAAAGACGAAUAUGACCGUCUUCAAGAGGCCAUGUCUUUACUCAAAGAUGGACAAGGAAGAUCCAGAAGAGGUACUUAGCCGACGAGCCAAGUUCUUGAUUUACAAAACACUUCAAGAAGCCGAUUUGGUUUCGCGGCGUGAUCCUCAUUCGUCGUUUCUACGGCUGAAGCUUUAUCUGUUGAAGGUCAAGAUCGGAAAGAGGUUGACUAAUCUACGCCGAACCGUAGUAUCCGCUGUUAGAUUUGGCGGAAUUCGAAAGCAUUCUCAUAACGGCGUGAGAGCGUUGAAGAAGCUUUUCCACGGUGGUGCAACAACAACUGGACUACCUAGGCCUAUUUUCACUCUUGAAGUUUGAUUUUAAUUUAUAUUAUUUCUUGUUUUGUGUAAUUUUUUUUUCUUUUGUUUCUGGAGUUCCUUUUGAUCUCUUUUACAAAAGUUUAUCAAGAAAUGUAUUAUGAAGAG